UUCAAUUAUUUUCCAUAAGCUGAUUAUUUCUAUAUGACUUUUAAAUCAUAGACUUCAAAAUUCUCAUAAGGGUUUCUUAGGCCUUAAAUAUAUUAUCAUCCAUAGGGUUUCUUGACUCUUGAAGUUUAAAUUCAUCGUCAUGGCACCACAUGGAAAGGCCAUUGUUAGGAACUCUUCUAAAACCCGAAACUCGUGCAAGCCCUCGAAGAACAAUAACCUGCAAAGAACAAUAUCCGACAUAUCUUUCGUGCUAAGCAAAGAGGCUGCUAAUGCUGCAGACUUGGAAAAACUUCCAACAAUUUCAGAAAUUGAAGAUGCCAAAUGCGAAUGCUGUGGCAUGAGCGAAGAAUGCACGCCCGAGUAUGUAGGCCAAGUGCGUGGUAAGUUCUCUGGGAAGUGGAUUUGUGGGCUCUGUGCCGAAGCAGUACAAGAAGAGACUGAGAAAAAUGGUGGGAAUGGGGAGGAGGCAUUGAAUUCCCAUAUGCAUGCAUGUGUUAGGUUUAACAAAUUUGGAAGGGCUUAUCCGAUUCUUUGUCAAGCUGAAGCCAUGAGAGAAAUCUUGAAGAAGAGACAAGUUAGAAGCAAAUCCAUGGGUGCUAGAGAUAAUGGUGCUGCAACAAAGAAGGGUGGAAUUCUUAGGAGCUCAAGCUGCAUUCCUGCCAUAACCAGAGAUGUGGAUGAUCUUAGAAUUGAAAAUUAAUUAUUUUGAUCAAUUAUAAUCUAUUGACUGUAAACUUUAUAUUGAUUAAGUUGGUUUGUCUUGAAUUUAAUUUUUCAUUUUCUUUUUCAUUUUUCUUUACAGCCAUUUAGUUAAGCUACUAGUUCUGGGUUUUAGGGAUGUGUUUCUCUUCUUAAUUUUACACUUACCGCAUGUUUGGCACCUAUUUAUAAUAAUCGGUCACACCUCUUUUUGUUCA